AUGUCGGGUAGCACGGGCUAUGACAGACAUAUUACUGUUUUCUCGGAUCAAGGGAGACUGUAUCAAGUCGAUCCAUCGUCCGUAACUCAUAUCUUCAAAAUCUCGCCAAAUGUUGGGUGUGCCAUGACUGGCUCUAUAGCGGAUGGCAGAGCCUCAGUUGAUCGUGCACGGGGUGAGGCCGCCGAGUUCAGAUAUAAGUUUGGUUAUGAAAUGCCGGGUGACGUUCUCGCCAAACGGUUGGCCAAUAUCAGUCAGCAACAGGAGAUCCUUAACCACUUGGAGAAGAAAUUGAAGAACAAGGAAUAUGCAGAUGGAACAUGGGAGGAUGUUGUGGAGCUGGCCAUAACGACGCUCAGCACUGUCCUCAGCGUUGACUUCAAGAAAGGUGAAAUUGAAAUCGGGAUUGUAGGAGGCCCGCGUGCCGACGGCAAAGAAGGAACCCAAACCGAGUUCCGGACCUUGACUGAGGACGAGAUCGACGAGAGGUUACAGGCAAUCAGCGAGAAGGAUUGA